GAACCAUGCAGAGAGGAGCAAGGAGUGCGAGAGUAGUCCGAGGAGAUGUACCAAGCCAGCAAAUGGGCUCAGAAGGACAAGUCGAUGGAGAACAGGAGGAGAAUGGAGCUUCUGGAGGGGUAGACAGCACUGAGGGCCAAGGUAGGGAGCCAACGAUAUCGGAUCUGAUCUCUCUUCUCCGUUCACAUAUGGGCCAGCAGGAGGCCAGAGAGGCUAAACAGAAGGAGGAGAGUGCAAAGCAAGAACAACGUUUUAAAGCACUUCAACACCAGUUUCAGUUGUUACAGGUAGAAGUACAAGCCCGCACUUCUCCAGUGCCUGAAGGUCAGGCAGCUGAAUCACCUGAUCCAGCAUCUCUAGAUGAUGACAUUCUUCCUCAAGCUGGUCCCAGUAUAUCAGUUACUGGUUCAUCAGGUCAGUCCCAUUUUCUGGAGCCUAAGUUGCAAAAACUCACCAACGAGGAUGAUAUUGAACAUUUUUUGAUUACCUUCGAACGCAUUGCAAUGGCCUGUCGGUGGCAGAGACAUGAUUGGGUUUUUCACCUUGUACCGCUGCUUACGGGCAAAGCAAGAGGUGCAUAUGUACAUAUGGAUGUUGAUGAUUUUUUGGAUUAUGACAAGGUUAAGGCAGCAUAUCUGGAUGAUAUUGUGAUUUACAGCCAAACCUGGGAGGAACACCUCCAACAUCUAGAAAAGGUACUAGAGCGUCUCAGAGAAGCUGGGCUGACUGCUAAUUCGGCAAAAUGUGUUUUUGCCAAGGCUGAAACUGAAUAUCUGGGAUUUGUCAUAGGUAAUGGGGUGAUAAAACCACAAGUGAGCAAAAUCAGUGCAAUUGAAUCCUGCAGUUUGCCACAGACAAGGAAACAACUUAGAUCAUUUCUUGGCAUGGCAGGGUUCUACCACAGAUUUAUCCCUCAUUUCUCUGCCAGGGCGUCUCCCCUCACUGAUCUAACAGGUUCUAGGUGCCCUAACCAGAUUCAGUGGACGGAGGAGGCUGAGGCAGCUUUCCAGGACAUCAGGCAAUCCCUCAGGACCACCCAAUGAGCGACACCCAGUGGCUUUCAUUAGCCGUAAAAUGUUCCCAAGAGAGAUGAGAUACUCAACGGUGGAAAAAGAGGCUUUAGCAAUCAAGUGGGCACUUGAUUCCCUCAAGUAUUACCUCCUAGGCCGGGAAUUUACACUGGAAACUGACCACAAGGCGUUCCAGUGGUUGGAGAAAAUGAAGGAUACGAAUGGACGAAUCACCAGAUGGUACCUUGCGAUGCAGCCAUUCCGUUUUACCAUUCAGCAUAUCGCAGGCAAGAACAACU